UUUAAUAUAUUUGAAUCAAUUAACACUCAAAUCUGCAAUUUUAAUAUAUUUCUGCAAAAUGGAAGAUUAUUAUUCUAAGCACAUUCCCUCUAAUGUCUCUUUGCUUUCUGCAUACUCUUCUAUUUCAACUUCUUGGGUUCUGCUUAAGACUGCCUAUUCUCAAAUCAUACCGAGACGACUCCAAGAUUACGUAAUUUCCAAAUUGAAAAACUAUUUUUCUUAUAAACCUUCUUAUACUCACUUCAUCAUUUACGAGACAUGGGACGGACAGGGCCGUAACGAGCUUUACGACGCCUCGCAAGCUUAUGUAUCAACAAUAAUCGGACCGAAAAACCAAAAACUCAAAGUCGGAAAGUUAGAGCAGAAGAAGAACGUGUCGAUUGCGAUUGCAGGCGGAGGAGAGGUUGAAGAUACAUUCCGAGGAAUACACAUUACUUGGUACUGUGUUAAAGAGAAAGACAAAAACAGCAAUGGUGAUUCUUCGGGUCGGGAGGGUGCUAAGAAGAGUCCGUAUUGGAUAGUUUUCGACAGCCAGUAUAUGGAAAUAAUUAAGAAAGAUUAUCUGGACCAUAUCCUGAAGAAUUACAACGCGUUGAAGGCGAAGGAAAAAGUUCUGAAGCUUUACACUCGGUUUUCUAAUUAUCAAGGCGGAUCGUGGAAUGCUGUCGAGUUUCAUCAUCCGUCUACAUUCGAUACUCUGGCCAUGGACCCUGAGCAGAAGAAACGUAUUAUUGAUGAUCUCGACAGGUUCAUGGGGAAAAAAGAGUUUUACAAAGGCGUCGGUAAGGCGUGGAAGCGCGGAUAUUUGCUGUAUGGUCCUCCUGGAACAGGGAAAUCGAGUUUAAUUGCAGCUAUGGCUAAUUACUUGAAUUUUAAUGUUUUUGAGCUGGAGCUUAGUAGUGUUUGUUCUGAUGUUGAGCUCAGGAAGUUGUUGCUUCAUACGACGAAUCGGUCUAUACUCAUAAUUGAAGAUAUAGACUGUAACUCCGAAGUUCAUGAUCGAUCCAAUAACGAAUCUGAGAAUAAGUUCACCAGGACAUUCACUCUAUCAACUCUGCUAAACUGUGUGGAUGGGUUAUGGUCGAGCUGCGGCGAGGCGCGAAUCAUUGUGUUUACGACGAACCACAAAGACAUAAUAGACCCUGCACUUCUUCGUCCCGGACGGAUGGAUAUGCACAUCAACAUGUCUUAUUGCACAACUAAAGCAUUCAGAGUGUUGGCCUACAACUAUCUCGGCGUUCAUCAUCACAAACUAUUCGACGAAAUUGACGCAUUGAUCGAGAGUGUAAAUGUGACCCCUGCUUGUUUAGCUGAGGAGCUAAUGAAGAGUGACGAUGCUGAUGCUGCUCUUGGAGAAGUGCUCACUUUCCUUAAGAGUGCGAAAUCGGAAGAAAAUGAAAAUCAGAAAACAAUCUGA